AAGAAGAAAAAGAAGAAAUAGAAUUUAAAUCUAGCUAGUUCCCCUCAAAGCUUCUCUCUUCAAGAUCACUUGCCUUACGUCUCUCUCUUUCUCUCUUUCAUUUUUUCUCUCAUUUUCAUCUCAAUAUUCUCUGAUGAUUUUCACAAGAACUAAAGUCUUUAAAUUAAUUAUUUUUCUUCAUUAAAAAAAAAAGAAACAAAAGAGGAUGAAGGAGACAAUCAGGUGCUGCAUCGCCUGCAUUCUACCGUGUGGAGCUCUGGACGUGAUCCGCAUCGUACACUCAAACGGACACGUGGAGGAAAUUAGUGGCACGAUCACGGCCAGCGAAAUAAUGAGGGCCCACCCGAAGCACGUCCUCAAGAAACCUUCUUCUCCACCGUCCGAUCAUCAUCAUGAAGACCGCGAUGACGUCAUCUCAGCCACGAAGAUCGUCAUCGUCCCUCCCGAAGCUGAGCUCCAGCGUGGCAAGAUUUAUUUCCUCAUGCCUGCUACUAAAUCGGAUAAACACGCCGCCGGAGGAAAGACCCGCCGGGAAAAAAGCAACGCAAACGCCGUCAAGAAGCGUGUACCGAAUCGUCGGCGUCGUGAUCAAGAUGGUGGUGAUAUUAAUAAGUCUAACGGGGAAAAUAAUGGUAAAGAUAAAAAUGAAGACAAGGAUUUAUCGCUGAUGGUUUCUGAUGAUCGGUACUUGACGGAGAUAUUAUCAGAGAAAGUCGCGACUCAAAAAGAUCGGAGGAAGGGACGCGUCGGCGUUUGGAGACCGCACUUAGAAAGCAUAAGUGAAGAUUGAGGAGAACUUCUUCAAUAUUGCUUUUAUUUUUCCAGAGAGAAAAAAAAGAGUUUAUUCAUAUUUUACUCCUAUUUUUUUCGGCUGCGGUAAUUAUUAUGUCCAUUUUAGAACAAUGGUUCAUGAAAGUUCUUUCAUCGACGAAAGUAUUCAAGAGAAAGUUUUGCUUACUUUGAAUCAUUUUUUUUUUAAAAGUCCUCAUGUUACUCUUGUACCCACUUCCUAGUUUUUGUUUCUAAAGACAUGA